AUACCUUAUAAUUUAAAUGAUUUUGCAUGCCUGCUUCCAUGCAUUUGGUGGUGGCCUAAACUGAGAUAAUUAGAUUGAGACGAACCGCAUGAAGCCCGUAAGGGCGAAGCUCUGACUAUUCUAAUGGUGCACGAGCAAUCGUGAUGCACAUGGUGUAAGAUAUAAUUUUUUUUUCUGUAACCCAUGUUACAACCUGAUCGAUAAGAAGGAGCCAAAUCUUCUCCUAAGUCUCAUUCUCCAGCCUCACGUGGACAUGGAAAAUGGCGAAAAGUGCCAAAGACUUCCUUCUCAUCGGCCUAGUCUAGUGCCCACCCGGACCUUUUCCAGUCUCUGUGCCGUGCUCCUCCGCCUCAAUAAAGCUCUUAAAAGAAAGCGAUGGAAACCAGUGGCAGUCGUUGGCAGCAUCAGGAUAAGACUGCGCCCCUGCAUCCACCCAUCUCCCUGCUAACCUAACCUAACCUCCAACCCUAAUCCAACGGCCACGAUUACAUUGACGACAAAACCCAUAACCCCAUCAAGCUUCCGGUAGACCCAUAAUAGUCGUGACAUAUUCCACUGGAUUCCGUUGUCGCAUUAAUGACCUCCUUUUCUUUCACUCUUUCACCCGCCUUCGACGCCACUAUUCUAGUUUCUAACCUUAUCCCGGGAUAUCCAUCAGGGUCAAGGGAUAUCCGGAUAACCCCACAAUCAGCCAAUUGCGUUCCUCCACGCGUUGAAAACGUCCUCCACGUCAGCAUCACCACCUGGGCAAAAAAAAAAGAUCUUCUAGAAAAGUGGCGCCCUUUUUAGGCUGGAUGGUUCGCGCCCUUUUUAACUAAAAAAAAAAUGAGCCCAACCGUCUACCGGUGAGCCCGAACCAAGAUCCGACGGCCCAAAUUCCUCAGCCUACGCCGCCGCCGGAGAUGGCCUCCACCGACGCCGACGCCGACGCCGACGCCGUGGUGGCGGAUUCGCAGCAGCUCGACCUCUUCCCCCUCCACCCGGAGCACCUUCUCUUCCAGGACAGGGACCCGCCUGUCGCCUGCCUCCUCGAUGACGACGGCGGCGACGAGCGCCCCACUCUCACCGCUCUCCUCGGCGGCGCCCCCUCCACCGGAGACGGAUCGUCGCCGGUGUGGGACGGCGACGGGGACGGGCUUGCCCGGAGGGCUCUCCGCGGGCGGGAGCGGUGGGUGUACUGCUGCUCCUCCUCCGCCGCCUCCUCCUCCUCGUCAUCGUCGGAUGAGGUCGCCUGCAACGGCGCCGGCGUAGACCUGUGGUGCGGUGUGCCGCAGGCGCUCUCGCUUAAGCUGGACUACGAGGACGUCCUCACCGCCUGGUCCGACCGGGGUUCCCUCUACAUCGACGGCGAUGGCCCGCAAGUUGUUCCCGAGCUCCACCAUACCGCCUCCCCGGUAAUGGUGGAGGUGGGGAGCACUGGAUGGAGGGUGCCGGAAAGCGAUCGGGAAGCAGGGAACAGGGAAGCGAGGGUGAUGCGGUACAAGGAGAAGAGGCGGAGCCGGCUCUUCUCCAAGCGGGUUCGCUACGAGGUGCGGAAGCUCAACGCCGAGAGGCGCCCCAGGCUGAAGGGUCGAUUUGUAAAGAGGAAAGAUGUGGAAUAAGGAUCUUUUUCGGUGAACAUAAGAAUAAAGGACAGGCAAGGUCGGCUAGUUAGAUUUCACCUUCUUGUAGAUUAUGUUUAAAAAACCAAGUAUUUUGUUGUAUGAAGUGUUACAGAUGUUAAACUAUAAUGAAUUGUAAUAUACAAACUGGAAGAAAUAAGUCAAUAAGCUUUUCUUCAUGCCCA